ACCCAUGACCCCAGUUUAACCCCAUAUCCACCUUACUUUACUUCUUCGUUUCUUUCUGGCAAUCGUUCUAGCGCCAUGGCUUCCGCUAUUGAAAAGUCAGAGGCCGCCGACCAUACCUCCAAAGUUUCCAUGGACGGUAUCGUUGCUUACGAGGAGGGCAAGGCCCCAGCACUUGGAGAAACUGUCAUCUGCACCGAAGAAGACAACAAACGCAUCCUGCGGAAGACGGAUAUCUGGAUGCUGUCUCUCCUUUGCAUGGUUUACUUCCUCCAGUCCGCCGAUAAGGGAAUCAUUGGUUUGACAGCUGUUUAUGGACUGAAGACCGACGCGCAUCUCAAGGGAAAUGAUUACUCCAACAUUGGAAACAUUGGUUACUACGCCCAACUCGGUGUGCAGCCUUUGGCAGCAUGGGUGCUGGUCAAGCUUCGAUACCGACACGUCUUGCCAGUCAUCAUUACAUGCUGGGGCAUCUCAGUCGCUGGUGGUCUUGCAGCAUCAAAGAACUACGGUGGACUCAUGGCAUCUCGAUUCUUCCUCGGCGCAUUCGAAGCAGCAGUCGUUCCUCUCUUCUCGAUGAUCACAAUCGCCUUUUACAGGCGUUCCGAACAGCCUUUCCGGGUUGCAUGCUGGUAUAGCUGUUAUGGGCUGAGCACGCUGAUCAGCGCUCCUAUUGUCUAUGGGUUUGGUCGAAUUCAUUCUCAUCAUCUAUAUCGCUAUCAGGUUGUUUACCUCUUCUUUGGGUUGUUGACUAUCUGCAUUGGCCUGACCACUUACUGGUGGGCUCACGACAGCCCUGGAGAGGCCCGUUUCCUCUCACCCGAAGACCGCCUCAAGGCUAUUGAACGACUCAAGGCAAACCAACAGGGUAUUAUCUCGCAUAAGUUCAACUGGUCCCACGUCUUUGAGGCUUGGACAGAGCCCAAGUACUGGCUAUACAUGAUCAUGGUCAUUUCCGUCAACGCUGGUGCUGCCGUCUCAUCCGUCUUCGGUGCCAUUAUUCUCCAAAACCUGGCUGGUUUCACGCCAGACGAAGCUGUUCUGCUCAACAUGCCGUUCGGAGCACUUCAAUUUAUUUCUAUUCUUCUUGCCUCAUGGCUGGCAUACCGUUUCAAGCGCAAGUCUCCAUUCCUGCUUACGCUUGUUACUAUCGUCAUUGUCGGUGUCUCUCUACUUGUUGCUCUUCCAAAAGAGAAGAAAAACAAAGGAGGACUUCUCGCUGGUUACUAUCUGAUUGCAUUUGUCUAUGCGAUCAAUCCAUUGCUCAUUUCUUGGAUGGGGGCAAACUGUGCCGGACAAACCAAGAAGGCUGUCUAUUAUACUUCUUUCAACGCUGGAAACGCCAUUGGUAACAUCAUUACCCCAUACAUUUUCAAUAAUAAGUUUGCUCCACAAUACCACAAUGCUCUCAAAGGCAUUCUCGCGAUCUGGUGCAUCCUCUGGGGUGUCGUGGUUCUGCAGAUUGUUGUCAUCACGUGGAUGCAGAAGAAGAAGUGUGACGAGCGCGAGGCAGCUGGUCUUCCGAGGAACCCUGUCGAUUAUUCCAUGAGCGGACACCAACAAGUGACUGAAGAUGACGUGCACGGCGAGAAUGGCCUCCAGGACAUGACGGACAGGGAGAACAUCUACUUUCAGUAUUUGCUGUGAUCAAAAUUGCACGCUUUCGUACAUAUUCUAUCUUUUUUGGAAAGAUAAUAGACUUUCUCGCAAUGGUAUGACUACAAUUCUAGUGC